ACUGGAACCUGUAACCGCGCCCUUGCUUUUGAGAACCCGGACACAGCUGUCACAGUACCAGCCCAGCCCAGCACCGCACCGCACGCCGCGCCUGCUUGCUUUGCCUCCCCCGGGAUUCAUUGAUCCCAUACAUAGUAAUCAACCCCCCCGUUAUUUUUGUCGGGUCCCCUGCUCCACUCUCUCUUCUUAUCCCAACCCCUUCUUAAUUCCCCAUUCCCCCCUCGCCUGCUUGGAUUGCCUUUCCCUGUGGCUUUCUUUCUUGCACGGUUUGAUCUUUGUGCACUUGCUUUCGUUGUCUCUCGUGUUUGUUGGUUUUCUUGCAUGCCACAAUGGCCAGUGUGAAGGACGCGGUCAAGGAGACCUUGGUGGGCGGCUCCCACGAGUCGAACGACGCCCAGACGUCGCAUCAGAUUAAAAGCAACUUCCUGCGCCACGCCCGCAAAGAUGAGGAGACAGGAGACCUUUUUAUGUCCCAGGAGGACUUCAUCAAUGCCAUUGCCCCGAAACACGAGGACUACCACAAGAUCAACCGCGAACACUAUGGAGUGCUCUUCAUGGUCGCCGACAGGCGCAGGACAGGCAAAGUCACCCUCUCCGACUGGGCCACCUUCGAGAACCUCCUGGCCAAACCCGAUGCCGAGUACGAGAUCGCUUUCCGGCUGUUCGACACCGAUGGCACCGGCACCGUGAAAUGGGACACCUUCAAGAACGUGUACGAUCUGAGCAAGAGCAGCGACAGUAUACCCUUUGACUGGAACUCGGAAUGGGCCUCCCUCUACACCGGAAAGACCAAGCAUCGCCACGACAUGUCAUACCCCCAAUUCGCCCAGAUGCUUCGGGGAUUGCAGGGGGAGCGCAUCAGACAGGCAUUCCACGUUCUGGACAAGGAUGGUGACGGCUACAUCGAGCCCGAGGAGUUCCAGCGCAUCAUCCUCGAGACCUCGAAGCACAAGCUGUCCGACUAUGUCCUGGAGAACCUCCCCAGUCUGUGCAACAUCUCAGCCGGCACAAAGAUCUCGUACGCCACCGUCCGGGCUUUCCAGAACAUCAUGCGCGAAAUGGACAUCAUCGAUGUCGUUGUGCGUGAGGCAACCCACAACAGCGACGACGGCAAGAUAACCCGCGCGGACUUCCUGAAUGCGGCCGCUCGCGUCACUCGGUUCUCUCUUUUCACCCCCAUGGAGGCGGACAUCUUGUUCCACUUCGCUGGACUCGAUGCCCCCUCGGGAAGACUGUCCCAGAAGGACUUUGCCAAGGUCAUUGACGCAUCCUGGCGCAUGCCGAUUGUAGCUGCUGGACAGGCUGCCUCGGACGCGGCGCACAAGGCGGCGGACAAGACCAAGUCGGUGUUGUACAGCGUGCUCGAGUCCGUUCACCACUUCGCCUUGGGUAGUCUUGCGGGUGCCUUUGGAGCGUUCAUGGUGUACCCCAUCGAUCUCGUCAAGACCCGUAUGCAAAAUCAGCGGUCCGGUCGUGUCGGAGAGAGACUGUACAACAACUCAAUCGACUGCUUCAGGAAGGUCAUCCGUAACGAAGGAUUCUUGGGGUUGUACUCUGGUGUCAUUCCCCAGCUGAUCGGUGUCGCUCCGGAGAAGGCUAUCAAGCUCACAGUGAACGACCUGGUCCGUGGGCAUUUCUCCAAUAAGGAAACCGGGAAGAUCUGGACCGGCCACGAGAUUCUGGCCGGUGGUACUGCGGGUGCCUGUCAAGUUGUGAGUGAUGGUUUGCAACUGAAAUCCCAUUCGGCAAUGCUAACUCUACCCCCUUUAGAUCUUCACCAACCCUCUGGAAAUUGUCAAGAUCCGUCUCCAAGUUCAGGGUGAAAUCGCCAAGUCCGUGGAUGGUGCUCCUCGUCGCUCCGCUCUUUGGAUUGUCAGGAAUCUGGGUCUGAUGGGGCUGUACAAGGGCGC